AUGCUUCUCCUUCCCGUUAUCGUUCUGGUUUCCCAGUUUUCUGGAAUCAUUGCCUUGCCCCUAAAUGCCAGAACCAACAAAGCUGCAAAGGCUUCCAGCGCUGCCUCUGCUGCUGCAACAGUAACACCAGCCAAUGCGGAAGGAGACGAAGUUGAACUGAAUGGCGCCUUUAACACGGCUGUGUCUCUGGGCGGUGGUAAUAUCAAGACCGAUGUCAUUUUCCCCAAAGGCGCUGUUGGCUCCUUCGAAUUUGAGUUCCAGGAUGCUACCGCCAACACCGUGACAGUAACUGAGAACAAGACCCCUGGCAAGGCGCCUGCCGGAUUUGCUUUCUUGGACCCUUCGUCGUACAAGGUGUCUCUUGGCCGCAAAGCACGUAAUGCCACUUUGCAAAAGAUUGACAUCAUCUUCGACCCGGCCCUCCCUGCCCUUGCGGGAGUCGACAUUUCACAGGCCAAGAUUGGGAAGCUCAAGAAGAAGAACAACACCUUCGUUAUCAAUGACAAGCUCGGCGAGCAAGAGUUUGAGGCCGAUGAAAACGAGGUCACUUUGACAGUCAAGAACGGCAAUGGCGAGUGGGGCAUCUUUAUUCCAACGGCAGCGGUUGCGAAUCCCGCAGCCUCCUCGACGGCAGCAUCCGCCUCUUCCUCUGUUUCCGCCUCUGCCUCUUCCACUUCCGCUGCUGCGCCUGCAGCUUCAACCACAGCGGCUGCUGAGGGUAAGAAGGAUGAAGACGAAAUUACAGGAGCCUUUGACGCUGCUAUCGCUACUCCUGCUGGUAACAGAAAGACCGACAUUAUCUACCCCGCCAACGCGGCUGGUGCCUUCGAGGUUGAAAUCAAUGCUACUCUUGCUAACGCUAUCACGGUGAAGACCAACAAGACCCCUGUUGCUCCUCCCAAGGGAUUCCUUUUCGUUGACCCCGUCACCUACCAAGUCUCGACUGCCAGCAAGACCGCAGCUAACGACCUCGUCAAAAUCGACUAUUUCUAUUCCGAUGCCGUACUCGCCGCCGCUGAUGUCAAGCAAGGUGUUAUCGGGAAGCUUGAUACCGCCACCAACCAGUUCAUCACUGACCUCGCCGUCCUCAAGGCUGAGUUCGAGUUUGAGGAGGAAGAGAAAGAGUGGACGCUCACUGUUCCUGAUCUCAACGGAGAGUGGGCUAUCCUCAUUCCUGAGGCUGCCGUGCUCAAGUCCGCGCAGACGUUAACUCUGUAG